AUGGACAAUAUUUAAUAAAGAGAAACAUUAGGUCUAUUUUUGAGAUUUACUAGUAUCUGCCAAGUUAGAUGUGGUGUAUUAUCUUCAAAAGAUGAUGUUUUGACAAAAGAAAAUCAUUAAUGUCUUGGUAUAUUCUUGUAUUUUAAUGAUAGAGAAAUGCACAAAUCAUCUAAUCGAUUCCUUCAGGAAGGUUUAAGAUGCUUAUAAAUGA